CCGCCAUCGACUUGGCGUGUGAUGCUCUCGGGAGGUAAUCGCCCGGAGCUCUCGAAUUCGAUUCCUGGCUAUGCUGCGGAGGCUUGUCUCGUCGCGCUUCCCUGUGUUUCGCGAACCCCACGGUCAUCUUUCCGUCCGCUUGCCGCCGCCGCCGCCUGUGCCCCCGCGAUUCCGCACCGGCGCGGAAGCGAGCGCCGACGCGGUCGUCGUUGCCGCGCUGUCGAAUUCGCUUCGGCAGGGCUGGAGUAGGGAUGCCCUGAAUCGGAAAUUCGAGCAUCUCGCGCUGGAUGAUGCGCUCGUCGAGCGAGUGCUGCUGGAAUUGAAGGAGCCGGCCGACGCGAGAUCCGCCCUGGGGUUUUUCCACUGGUCGGCAAAGGAGAGGAGAUUCGAGCACGGGAUUCGGUCGUAUUGUGUCACGAUCAAUAUUUUGGUUCGGGGCCACCUGAUCAGGGACGCGAAAGCGUUGAUCGAAUCGGUUCUGAAAAGAAGUGCCGGGGAGUCUUCGAAGCUCUCUGUGGCGGAUUCGCUGCUCGAUAGCUAUAAGAUUGCUUUUGGGACCCCUCUGGUGUUUGAUUUGCUCGGGCAGGCUUAUGCUAAGCUGAGGAUGUACGAGAUUGGGUUUGAUGUUUGCUGCUAUUUAGAGGAACACGGGUUCUCUCUAAGCCUCGCGACUUUCAAUACUUUGAUUAAUGUGAUCCAGAAAUCUGAUCAGAAUCCUCUUGUUUGGAGGAUCUAUGAGCAUAUGAUAAAGAGGAGAACUUAUCCGAGUGAAGCAACAAUUAGAAUUAUGAUCGAUUCGUUGUGUAAGGAAGGGAAACUGCAGAUGUUUGUGGACAUGUUAGACAGGAUCCAUGGGAAGCGAUGCGCUCCUUCAGUUAUUGUUAAUGCCAGCUUUCUUCAUAGAAUUCUUGAGGAAGGUAGAAUUGAUGAUGCAAUGGUAUUGCUGAAGAGGAUGUUGCAAAAGAACAUGGUUUUCGAUACUAUUGCCUAUUCAAUGAUUAUUUACUCCAAGGUGAUGAUUGGGGAUAUAGAUUCUGCAUGGAAAGUUCAGGAAGAAAUGCUCAAGAGAGGUUUCAAUGAAAACUCGUUUGUGUAUACUAAAUUUGUAGGAGCAUACUGCAGGACUGGAAGAGUUGAAGAAGCCAAGAACCUGAUGGAAGAAAUGGGAAACAAAGGUCUGAAACCAUAUGCCGAGACUUAUGAUCUUCUCAUUGAGGGAUUGGCUAAGUCCGGGAGAGUUGAUGAGAGCUUGAGCUACUGUAAGAAAAUGCUGGAUAUGGGACUUUCUCCUAACUGUUUGGCUUUCAAUGAGAUGGUAGCAAAGCUGUGUGAAAUGGGAAAAGUGAAGCAGGGUAAUGAGAUGCUCACGCUUCUGUUGGAUAAUGGGUUCUCACCAGAUGAAGCCACGUACUCCCUGUUAAUUUCUGGCUAUGCGAGAGAAGGCCACGGUGAUGAAGUUCUCAAGCUCUAUUAUGAGAUGAAGCACAGAGGAUUGCCCUGUGGAUCAAUGGUUUUUACCUCUUUGAUUGGUAGCCUCUGCCGAUGUGGAAAGUUAAGUGAAGCUGAGAAGUAUCUAAGAUAUGUGGAUGCUCCUUCACUACCCGAAAACGCGAACCUUUAUAAGAUGCUGAUUACAAGCUAUCUCGAGAGAGGUGACAGAGGAAGGUGUCUCCAAAUCUAUAGUGAAAUGGAAUCAAAAGGGUUGAAGCUGUCUCUUUCAGGCAUCAGGGAUGAACUCGCUCAAUUUCUUCCAGUGCCAAAGGAAUCUGUUAACACUGGCAUCUGUUAACAAAAGGAAUCUUUUUGAAACUUUCUGCAAUGUGCAAAUAGAACCAUCAGGCCGUGUUUUUUCGGAAGGAACCGUACAGAAGCCUGGGUGUCUCCAAUUCAGUUGCCCCCUCUACUCCAUUACUAUCCAAUGAGAAGCUUUCAGGAAUCUAUGUAUUUCAAGCUGCAAAUUAAAUCCUUGAUAAUCUUCUACACUGAUUUAGCUGGGGCUGAAAGUGGAGUGCUGAUGAUCACACUCCUUUGGAUGGGAGGAUUCCUUGGCCCAGAAGAAACUGGUCAUGUGCAUUGGAAUGUAGGAGUCCUACUCCUAGUAACCGGAGAAAACCUAUCUGCUUUGAUGGCACGAGGAUAAGCUCAGCUGAGUGCAGAAGAGCAAUUGUUGCUGGAAAUACUCAGGAGAGAGUGGAGCUACUGCCUCUGCUGUUAAACUUCGGUAGUUACAAACCAGAUGGCUGCUCUGUUAUACGCACGUUAGAGAAGCAAGGUAGCCCUUGAAGUUACAGUGGCAGAUUUCUCUGCUGACUACUGUUCGGACAGUGCGAAACUAGGAUAAUCGGUCCGUAAUUGUAUUGUGAUCCUUGCUCAAAGGCGAGGGUGAACACUUUCGACAACGACGAUGCGCUUAUGUUGAAAAUUGAAUGGAUCAGGGGCGAAAGAGUGGGAGAAAGCAGCAGUCCAUCUGUUUAAGGACAAGGAAGGCAAGUGCGGCAGUUUCUUUUGUAAGAAAAGAAGAAAGGGAAACCAUUGUCGGGGGGCUAUGAUGAAGUUAACAAGCUCGAGCAUGUUUGUUGACGAUUACUUGAGCCGAACAGCGCUCGCAGAGUUUCUGUCUUGUGAACAUCCAUGGCGUGAGGCUUUGAUAUACGGGACACUGCCCAUUAAUAAGAUGCUGACUACUAAUUCUACGAGCUGAAGUAAACGAAUCCUUAUUAUAAAGGGCAUGAUAAGGAGGCCAUACAAAUUGAAGUUCACGUGCAUUAUG